UAAUAUGAGUGGCUAAUAUUGAUGUGGUUGGCAAUGCUUUCACCAUAAUCAAUGAGAAAAUCUUUGGAUAUGCUAUAACGUUGAAAAUGGGAUACCUCCAAGCUAUCAUAUCCAUAAAUUGGAAGCAUACUUAAGCAUUUCAUGUUUUACUAGCUCUUCCAUUGCAUUUCUUGAUGGGUUCAUUAGGUACCUAUUUGGAGAUGGACACUGAUGGGGGUGCCGAUGGACUCAAAUAUGAGUGCUUGCUCUUUGAUUUGGAUGAUACUUUGUAUCCUAUGAGCUCAGGUCUCAACUUGGCUUGCCGAAAGAACAUAGAAGAGUUCAUGUUGCAUCACUUGCAUAUUGAAGAAAGUGAAGUUCCAAGGAUGUGCCUGGAAUUGUAUAGAGAAUAUGGAACAACAAUGGCUGGUCUGAAGGCUCUUGGUUAUGAAUUUGAUGAUGAUGAGUUCCAUGCUUUUGCUCAUGGAAGAUUGCCUUAUGAAAAACUGAAGCCUGAUGCUGUAUUAAGGAACCUUCUACUUUCCUUGCCACAAAGGAAAAUAAUCUUCACUAACGCUGAUAAGGCACAUGCAGCUGAAGUUCUGAAAAGGUUGGGAUUGGAAGAUUGUUUUGCAGGAAUCAUAUGCUUUGAAACUCUUAAUCCUCCUGUUGGAGCUACUAAUUACACGGAUGCAUUAGAAAAUGAUGCGGUACUUGCAGGAGGUGAACCAAAGCUCAUUGAUCUUGAUGAUGCUGACAAAGAACGUUCCCACCCCAAGCCACAAAUCCUCUGCAAACCCUCUCUGGAGGCUAUUGAAGCCGCCAUCCGAAUUGCAAAUGUUGACCCCAAGAGAACAAUCUUCUUUGAUGACAGUGCUAGGAACAUUGCAAGUGGAAAAGCAGCAGGCCUUCAUACAGUUAUUGUAGGGAGCUCAGUCCUAGUGCCAGGUGCAGACUAUGCUUUGAGCAGCAUCCACAACAUCAAAGAAGCAAUACCCCAAAUAAUAUGGGAGGGCGAAGGAGAGCAACAGGAACAGAUUAUCCAGUCUAGGGCAUUUGAAACUGUUGUCCUUGGUUAGUUUUCUCCUUAGUUCAUACAUACAUACAAAAAUCCAGGUAUCAAGGGGACUUUAAAGUAAAGGCUAAAGGAGGGGGACAAUGGAUGAUGGCUAAAUUCAAAACCAUCAUGUUGAUUUCAUUAUAAAUCAUUAUUAGAAGAGUUAGAAGCUCAUUGUGUCUGAUAUGUUCAUUUACCAAGCUAACCCCAUAGGUGGUGGCACUAAGGACAAGGAAAAUAUGGUUACUAUUAAUCUAGCCAAGCCUUGUUCAGUUUAGAUUGUAACGCAAAAAGUAUUUGCAUUUAUGUUCACAUAGCAGUAGUACAUGCGCUUUUAUCA